AUGCCGAUAGAGGAAGGAUCAAAGUUGCCAACCCAGUGGUGGAGAUGGACGGUGACGAGAUGACCCGAAUCAUCUGGGCCUUCAUCAAAGAGAAGCUGAUCCUGCCCAAUGUGGAUGUCCAGCUGAAGUAUUUUGACUUGGGGCUGCCCCAUCGGGACCAGACGGAUGACCAGGUCACGAUUGACUCGGCCCUGGCCACCCAGAAGUACAGUGUGGCUGUCAAGUGUGCAACCAUCACCCCCGAUGAGGCCAGAGUGGAAGAAUUCAAGCUGAAGAAAAUGUGGAAAAGCCCUAACGGCACCAUCAGGAAUAUUCUGGGCGGGACAGUCUUCCGAGAACCAAUCGUCUGCAAGAACAUUCCUCGCCUGGUUCCUGGUUGGACAAAGCCUAUCACCAUUGGCAGGCAUGCCCAUGGCGACCAGUACAAAGCCACAGAUUUUGUUGUGGACAAGUCGGGGACAUUUAAGAUCAUUUUCACUCCCAAAGAUGGCAGCGGAGUCAAGGAGUGGGAAGUCUACAACUUCCCCGGCGGAGGCGUCGGCAUGGGCAUGUACAAUACGGAUGAGUCCAUCUCCGGCUUCGCCCACAGCUGCUUCCAGUAUGCCAUCCAGAAGAAGUGGCCCCUCUACAUGAGCACCAAGAACACCAUCCUCAAGGCUUACGAUGGGCGUUUCAAGGACAUUUUCCAGGAAAUCUUUGACAAGCACUACAAGACCAAUUUCGACAAACUCAAGAUCUGGUAUGAACACCGUCUCAUUGACGACAUGGUGGCCCAGGUGCUGAAGUCGUCGGGCGGCUUUGUCUGGGCUUGCAAGAACUAUGAUGGCGACGUCCAGUCUGACAUCCUGGCCCAAGGAUUUGGCUCCCUGGGCCUCAUGACAUCCGUUCUUGUGUGCCCGGAUGGGAAGACCAUUGAAGCUGAGGCUGCCCACGGUACUGUCACGCGCCAUUACAGGGAGCACCAGAAGGGCAAUCCCACCAGCACCAACCCCAUUGCUAGCAUCUUUGCCUGGACACGAGGCCUAGAGCAUAGGGGCAAACUGGACAACACCCCGGAUCUCAUCAAGUUUGCCCAGACUCUGGAGAAGGUCUGUGUCGAGACGGUGGAGAGCGGGACAAUGACAAAAGAUCUGGCCGGCUGCAUCCAUGGAUUAAGCAAUGUGAAACUGAACGAGCACUUUGUGAACACCACUGACUUCCUGGACGCCAUCAAGAACAACUUGGACAAAGCGCUGGGCAAGGAGUAGGAGAAGCAUUCAGCAGCUGCCUUCCCAGGGAGGCUGGAAAGAGCCGGGAGGCACUCAGUGAAGGUGUUUUACCUCAUUUUUUAACAGAAUAAGCUCCGGCCAUUCAACCAGGAAAACAUUUUUAUAAGCUGUUUUCUGAUGGUUGUUUUUUUUAGACUCUUUUUAGGUGGCCCGCAGGGGCCCAAGAACUUAUCUGGCUGGCUUGGGGGGGGAGGGGAAGGCUCAGUGCUAGUCUCCCCACCUUGAACGGCAGCGAUGAAGGUUCUGUGCUGUAAUUUAUGUCUGGUGGUUCAGGCCCCAAGGGGCCCAAGAGAACGAUUAAAGCAUAGCUUUUACACCCUG